GUUUCAUUUCCUUUCAUGUUUCCUUAUAGAUGUUGGUUUUUUUUUCUUUUUUUCUUAAAGAAAAGAAAUUUAUCUAUCUGUCUGUCUCAUUUUGUUCCAAUGUAUUAUUACUCAACUUUAAAUUAAUAAUCAAUAGAAGAAAAAAAGAACACGUUAGAAUCUUCAAGAUUUCAAAUGAUCAUCAUCGACGUUAGUAUAUCACGUGAGAAACAAUGAAGAACAAAUCUAAAUUUUUAUCGGUUAACGUGGCACGAUUUUUAAUGAAAACUGUUGGUUUUUGGACAGCGGAUACGAUUAAUGAACAACGUUUAUUAAAUGUAAUAUUUGCUUAUACCAUCUUUGCAAUUGCUUUAGCUUUAUGGAUCGAGGCUUACGAUUUUUAUAUUAGCUUUGGUGAAUUUUACGCUAUUACGUAUACCGCUUGCAGUUCGAUGCCAGUUGCAGUAAUUAUAAUGAAAAUAAUUAUUUUUCUACGUAAUCGUAAAGACAUGAUGAGAUUAAUACGAUAUACGGAAAAGAAUUUUUGGUUCAACGAGUAUGACGAAUUUGGUGAAAAGAUAUUAAACGACGUUAAUAUGAAAGGAAGCAUUUUAAUUUGUUGUUUCACAUGUUGCGUUCAAAGUACUGUAUAUACUUACAUGUUAACUCCUAUAAUAGGUAUAUUAAUUUUAUUCGUAGAAAAUAUUGGCAAAAAUGAGACAGACAGAAUUCUUCCUUUCAAUGUUUGGUUGGGUGGUUUGGACACACAUUUAUCACCAUAUUUCGAAAUUGCAUUUAUAAUGGAGAUUAUCGCGUUGAUACAUUCGGGACUUUGUUUCUGUUGUUUCGACAAUUUUUUAUGUCUGUUAAAUUUAACAGUAGCCGGACAAUUUCGUAUACUUCAACAUCGAUUAGAAAUAUUGUUGGAUAAAAGUGUAUUGUGUUAUAUGACUCAGGAUAAAGUUUGUCAAGACGAGGAUGCACGAGAAACUUUUGAAGAAUUCAAAAGAUGCGUUAAACAUCAUCGUAUGCUUAUCGAUUAUGUCGAACAAUUGGAAAAGAUAUUUACGAUGUCAACAUUGUGUCAGUUAUUGAUGUCCGGUAUUUUAUUAUGUGUUGCUGGAUUUCAAGUUUUUCUGGCACGUGGAAUUAUAAUACGUCAAUUAAUAUUCAUAGCACAUAUCAAUGGUUGUUUCUUCCAAUUAUUUGUAAUAACAUUAGCCGCUAAUGAAGUAAUCAUCGAGAGUCGUGCAGUAGGUGACGCUGCAUAUAAUGCUAAUUGGCAGACAUUAUCUUACGAACCAUAUAAAAAUAUUCGAAUGGGAAUCAUUACGAUUAUGGCUAGAGCUGAUCGACCAUGUUACAUUACAGCUGGUGGCUUUUUUCCUGUUUCCCUUGAAACAUUUAUGGCGGUAAUUAAUCUUCGUCAUUAUCAUCCACAAAAUUCUUAUUCUCAUUUAUCUAUAAUAUUAUUGAAAAAUAAUAUAAUUUAUUAAUUUUAAGGUAUUAAGUACUGCGGCAUCGUACUUCGCGUUGUUACGUAAGUUUGCCGAAGAUGAAGAAUCGAAAGGUGAAACGAUGAUUUCUUAAUCUUGUUUCUGUUUAAAAAUUCAAAGUACAAAAUAUUUACU